AUGAUUAAAACAUCAAUAACGAAUCCUGGAAAUAUAAAAGAUUCAAGCGAAAGAAGUGAAAGUGAAGUUUACUAUGAUGAAAUACAAGAAUAAUAAAAUCUUAUAGAUAAAAACAAAUAUGAUUUAAAAAAUAAUUCUGAAAAUCAAAAUUAAGAAAACCUAGAAAUAUAUGAUUAAGAAGAAUUUCAAAGACUAUUAGAUUAAUUAUAUUGUAUGCAUGUUUAAUAAGAAAUAUAAGCUCGUGAAUAUCGUUAAUGUAAAAAGUGUAUUAAUGUUAUGAAACCUCCGCGAACACAUCAUUGUUCAUAAUGUAAAACUUGCAUUUUAAAAAUGGAUCAUCAUUGUUAAUGGGUUGAUAAUUGUAUAGGUUUUUAUAAUUAUAAAUAUUUUGUAUGUAUGCUUAUCUAUGCAA